AUGGGCGAGACCUUACUCGAGAUUCGCAACGUUGGAUGUUCGAAAGACCUGGGCGAACCCAUCUUCUCUGACGUCAGUUUCAGCGUCAACCAAGGCGAUGUCUUAAUCAUUCAGGGUAGGAGCGGAGCAGGCAAGUCGACCCUCUUGAAAUGCCUGGCCCACCUCAAUCUCUACGAAGGCGAGAUUCUCUAUGAAGGAAGAAGUCCCAAAUCCUACGGCGUACCCAAGUACCGCACCCAUGUUUUAUACGUACCACAACGUGCGUCCCUCCUCCCCGGGACGCCCCGCGACUUUGUACUAGCCAUGUGCUCCUUCUCGUCAUACCACGACAAGUCCAUCCUGCGAAAGGCCAAGGGCAGCCAUGCCGUGUCGCCAGAGCGCGCCAUCGAAGUCGCGAAGUCUUGGGGCGUCGAUGAGGGCCUAUGGGACAGAACGUGGGCUAACUUGAGCGGCGGCGAGAUGCAGAGGAUCGCGCUCGCGAUCGCGAUGGGUGUGGAGACGGCGGAGAUUCUCCUGCUAGAUGAACCAACCUCUGCAUUGGACUCGGACUCCUCCUCCCUCGUCGAGAGAACCCUGCUCUCCGAAGUGAAGGAGCCUCGUUCAAAUUUGAAGGCGAUCGUGUGGAUCACGCACUCUGAGGAGCAAGGACGACGUGUUGGGAAUAGGUUUAUGCGUGUUUCUGCCGGAGGAAUAUAUGAAGUAGACGUCGAUCCGGGAGUAUGA